UCUCUUCUUAUACAAGUUUAAAUCCAUUGAGUUCCCUCCCUUGGCAGUGCUGAUGGCUGAAUCGAAACUAAAAUGCGAACGUUCGGAUAAAAGUGUUCACAACAAACAAACGAGCGAUGUCAAGUUCACGAUGCCUGUUCAAGAAAGGGCAAUCGAACCCAAUGUCUUGAAAGAAUACCUGGACACUGUUUAUCCUCUACAAAAGGCUGCCCGUGAUGGCAGAGCUGAUAUUCUGAAGUUGCUGGUUAAAAAAUAUGGAAUGAAUGUCAACUGCCAAACAUACGAUUUGGUGACCCCUUUACAUGAAGCCAGUGCCUGGGGUCACAUGAGUUGCGUCACUGAACUCAUUCAGUUAGAUGCUUCGGUGAAUGCCCGCAAUAUCGAUGGUUCGACACCCCUGUGUGAAGCAAGCAGCCAUGGGAAGACAGAGUGUGUCCGUCUGCUUUUAGCUGCUGGAGCAUACGUUAACCCUCCACUCUUACUCACAACUCCCUUACAUGAAGCAGUUUUCAAUAACAACUGGGAAUGUACCGAGAUUCUAACGGAAGCAGGAGCGAACUUAGAGGCAAGUGACAUCCAUUUCGGCACACCCCUCCUUGUUACCUGUUUGAAUGGUUACAUCAAGUGUGCCAAGGUUCUCCUACAAUCAGGAGCCAACGUAAAUGCUGCCAGAACACAUCAAACUCCUUUGCACGAAGCCAUAAAACAAGGUUUGGACAAUGAAUUCCUCACACUGCUUCUUGAACAUGGUGCCAACACACGCAGCUUAAACAACCAAGGUUUGCUACCACGACAUUUGGCACGCCAGAAUUCCAGUGUCAUUAAGUUGUUGGAUUAUUGGGAAAGUAAAAAACCCCCAGAGUCUGUUGUUCUAUGCCCGGAAAUCAAUCUUGAAGGCUAUUAGAACUUAUCGUCUUAUUCCUAAACUCGAGAUACCUCAAAUCCUACAGAACUACCUCAGUUUCAAGUAACCCCUGUCAAUAAAAACUCAUUGCUACUCUAAAGACAAUUCCAGGAUUCCAGGAGUAUUUUCUUUUUCUUUUUGUUUACAGCUGAACAUCACCAUUCCUUCUAUUAAUCUCUGCCUACCUCCAUCAACAUAGAGAAACUUGAGUUACUACGUGUAAUGCCUUACUAAUCGCUGUGUUAUACCCACAAGCAUAGCGUGUAACCCUUUUUGAUUUGGCUGAUCAAGGUAAAAAAAAAAAAAAAAAAACCCUGUUCAUCAUUUACUUCCCAGUUCAGUGGUGCCGUUCAAGAAUUUGGACCUGGAGAUCUCCAUUUCCAGCAACUUCGAGGGGCCACCUCCCAGUGGUGUCAGGCGUCAACGAUGAGCCCUCGACUACAACAAGACGACCAGAGUUUGUUUUUUUUCCCUAAGGUCUGGGGUCUCCCGCUCCUAAGCCCUAGACCAUCACCUAAUCACCCUUACCCGUUUUUUUUGCUUAACAACAACAACAGUUCAGUGCCUAGCAGGAUUCAUUAAGCUGUUAAAGUAAUUGAUCCAACCAAUAAAACAAUUGGGUUCAGCCAUUGGAUAUUAUUUGGGGAAACCUUUAGUUUAAUGUGAAAUACUGUCUGAGAAUAUUGGAGUUCUGCUGUGCACUCAUUUGGUGCCAGUGUCUACAAAUGGGAAAUGAUUUAACCCUUUAGUGUUCGCAUUAUUCUACCAAAAUUAAUCCCUUUUUAUCCCCAUUGUUUUGAACUAUCAUGCAUUAUCUUGAAGCUAUGAGAAUUUGAUGAGGCAGAUGUUAAUUUUUAAAACAAUAUUGUAGGGUUGGUGUGAGAGACCAGAUCUGGCCAGUUUGAACAUAAAACAGGCAGUAUACUUUUGGCCGGAUAUGGGCGGUUUAAAUUUUAAAGGGUUAAAUGAAGAAAGUUUUCUACCGGUGACUGAAGUUCUGAAAAUAAUAAAACCUAAACUAAAAGCAGCAUUUUGAUGUAUCGCAUUGAUAUUUCUCAUGAUUGGAUUUUAUUUUGUAUAUUUUGAGAGGCCCUCAGGUAACUGGGUUAGUCUGGUGUUUCAGCCUCGGGCUAAAAGCUGAUACUUUGCCUCAUGUUGCUUUCUGCUGAGCCAUACUCUUGGCUAUGAAACACUACUUUUUGUGCUGUGCUCCCUUUUUUAGUUAGAAAUAGGGGUCAUGUUGUUGUCCCAGCUUGCAGUGUUUGUGUUCAAGUCUUCCCUUUAAUCUCAAGAAUGCCACAAGAAACCACCUGUGUGUAUUUCUGCUUAAUGAGGAUCUUGCAGUGUGGAAGAAACAACCCCCCCCCCCAAAAAAAAAAAUUUAUCUCUCUGCAACACUUUUGAUGUUGUGUGAAUGACUGUUUAGAAAUCCAGAAGAGGAUUCUUUAGAUCUGAUGAUUAGGUUUGGUUUCAGGGUAUGAAGCGGAAAAGAGAUAAAUCUUCCCUGGAUGAGAUAAGUCUUUCACUUGUUAACAUUCCCUGAGGAUUCGGUAUUUAAUACUAUCGACAGUUAGGAGAGCUGUGAUAAUAUUGUACUAAUGUGUGCUACAACAGUAACAUUGACCACCACUAAUACUACCGCAAUGACAGUACCAACCACAAAAUAACAUUAACCGUAUCGACAACUAUAAUAGCAACAUCAUUAACAAGUACUACUAUCACACUACA